AUGACCAACACCAACGAGAAGGAUGUCGGACCAGAGUUCAUCAACGAUGUUGAGUCCGGCAGCUCACAACAAGCAUACACCAGAGGCGGCAGUCCCGAGGAUAAGAAGCUUGUCUGGAAGCAGGAUUUGAGGAUCCUACCCAUCUCUUGUGGUAUCUACCUCUUGUGUUAUCUCGACCGCUCCAACAUCGGCAAUGCUAAGGUUUUGAAUGCUUCGACACACAAUGACUUGCUUUCCGAGACCAACAUGACGGCCUACCAAUACACCAUCGCGCUGAUGGUAUUCUUGAUUGCCUACAUGGUCUUCGAAGUACCAUCCAAUUACUUCCUCAAACGACUUUCUCCGAGCAAAUGGAUUGCCUUCUUGAUGCUCUCGUGGUCAGUCAUGACCAUGGGGCUAGGUGGUGUCCAUAAUUUUGCUGGAGUCACAGCAUUACGUUUCAUGCUUGGAGUGUUCGAGGCAGGGCUCUUUCCCGGUCUUGUGUACUACCUCACAUUUUGGUAUCGUACCGAUGAGCGCUCGAUAAGAGUGGCCUUUAUCUUGGCUUCGGCGACAUUGGCAGGUGCUUUUGGAGGAGCCAUCGCGUACGGCGUUGGCCAUAUGAAUGGUACCGGUGGUCUGUCAGCAUUCCGGUGGCUAUUCAUCCUAGAGGGAUUGCCAUCAUUGCUGUCGGCACCACUGGUAUGGUUCUUCCUUCCCGAUUAUCCUGAGACUGUCAAAUGGCUCUCCCCUGAGGAAAAAGCUCUUGCUGCAGAGAGAUUGAAACUCGAAGGCUCGCACGGUGGCAGUAAGAGUAUGACUUGGCAGGAUGCUAAAGUCACACUGACCGAUUGGAGACUUUACGCUCAUUAUGCCAUCUACUUUGGCAUCUCAACCCCGUUUAGCUCUUUGUCCCUCUUCACACCAACCAUCACUGCAGGUCUGGGCUUCAAAGACCUUACGGCGCAGCUGAUGACCGUUCCGCCGUAUGCAGUGGCUUAUGUGGUGACGCUUCUGGUGUCUUGGUCUGCCGACCAUUUUGAUGCUCGAGCUCUUCACUCCGCCAUCUUCGCCACAGUAGGAGCCAUUGGCUUCCUAGCCUCUGCUGUGCUUCCACCGGACGCAUACAACGCUCGAUAUGGCUGCCUCAUCGUGGCUGCUGCCGGUUCGUUUUCCUGCAUCCCACCUCUUUUGGGAUGGCUAUCGUCCAACUUGCAUAGUACUGCAGCGGCUGGACUAGCUAUUGCUUUGAACAUCUCUUUUGGUGCACCGGGACAGAUCACGGGAGUCUGGAUUUACAAGGCGGAAGAGAAGAAGAAGGGAUACCCUACUGGUCAUUGGGUAAAUGCGGGCUUGCUUUUCUUUGUGGCUGCUGGCUGCAUCUCCCUAUUGUUCUUCUACAAGAUCAAGAACAGGACGUUGAGACGAGAGGGCGUGGAGAGGCUAUUCAGAUAUUGA